AUGUCAUCGAACAGGAGUCAGAAUCCCCAUGGACUGAAGCAGAUUGGCCUUGACCAGAUCUGGGACGACCUCAGAGCGGGAAUCCAGCAGGUGUAUACCAGACAGAGUAUGGCAAAAUCCAGAUACAUGGAGCUCUACACUCAUGUUUAUAACUACUGCACGAGUGUUCACCAGUCAAACCAAACGCGAGGGGCUGGCGUCCCUCCUUCUAAAUCGAAAAAGGGGCAGACGCCUGGAGGAGCGCAAUUUGUUGGCUUGGAAUUAUACAAACGACUUAAAGAAUUUUUGAAGAAUUACUUGACAAAUCUUCUUAAGGACGGAGAAGACUUGAUGGAUGAGAGUGUACUGAAGUUCUACACGCAGCAGUGGGAAGAUUACCGGUUUUCCAGCAAAGUUCUGAAUGGAAUUUGUGCCUACCUCAAUAGACAUUGGGUUCGCCGUGAAUGUGAUGAAGGACGAAAAGGAAUAUAUGAAAUUUAUUCUCUCGCAUUGGUGACUUGGAGAGAUUGUCUAUUCAGGCCCUUGAACAAACAGGUAACCAAUGCUGUUUUAAAACUGAUUGAAAAGGAAAGAAAUGGUGAAACCAUCAAUACAAGACUGAUUAGUGGAGUUGUACAGUCUUAUGUGGAAUUGGGGCUGAAUGAAGAUGAUGCAUUUGCGAAGGGCCCUACGUUAACAGUGUAUAAAGAAUCCUUUGAGUCUCAGUUUUUGGCUGAUACAGAGAGAUUUUAUACCAGAGAGAGUACCGAAUUCUUGCAGCAGAAUCCAGUUACUGAGUACAUGAAAAAGGCAGAGGCCCGUCUGCUCGAGGAACAACGGAGAGUGCAGGUCUACCUUCACGAAAGCACUCAGGACGAGCUAGCAAGGAAGUGCGAGCAGGUGCUCAUCGAGAAGCACCUGGAGAUUUUCCACACAGAGUUUCAGAACUUGCUGGAUGCUGACAAAAAUGAAGAUUUGGGUCGCAUGUAUAAUCUGGUAUCUCGAAUCCAGGACGGCCUAGGAGAAUUGAAAAAACUUUUGGAGACACAUAUUCAUAAUCAGGGUCUUGCAGCAAUUGAAAAGUGUGGAGAAGCUGCUUUAAAUGAUCCCAAAAUGUACGUGCAGACAGUGCUGGACGUUCAUAAAAAGUACAACGCCCUGGUCAUGUCGGCAUUCAAUAACGACGCGGGCUUUGUGGCCGCCCUGGACAAGGCUUGUGGGCGCUUCAUAAACAACAACGCUGUCACCAAGAUGGCUCAGUCGUCCAGUAAGUCCCCCGAGUUGCUGGCUCGAUACUGUGACUCCUUGUUGAAGAAGAGUUCCAAGAACCCAGAAGAAGCAGAACUAGAAGAUACGCUCAAUCAAGUGAUGGUUGUCUUCAAGUACAUAGAGGACAAGGACGUGUUCCAGAAGUUCUAUGCGAAGAUGCUGGCCAAAAGACUCGUGCACCAAAACAGUGCGAGUGAUGAUGCCGAAGCAAGCAUGAUCUCCAAAUUAAAGCAAGCAUGUGGAUUUGAGUAUACCUCUAAACUUCAGCGGAUGUUUCAGGACAUUGGCGUAAGCAAAGAUUUAAACGAACAGUUCAAAAAGCACCUGACAAAUUCAGAGCCACUGGACUUGGACUUCAGCAUUCAGGUGCUGAGCUCCGGCUCCUGGCCCUUCCAGCAGUCCUGCACGUUCGCCCUGCCGUCGGAGCUGGAACGGAGCUACCAGCGAUUCACGGCUUUCUACGCCAGUCGUCACAGCGGCAGGAAGCUGACAUGGUUGUACCAGCUCUCCAAGGGAGAGCUGGUCACAAACUGCUUCAAGAACAGAUACACUCUGCAGGCAUCUACAUUCCAGAUGGCGAUCCUGCUUCAGUACAACACGGAAGACGCUUACGCGGUGCAGCAGCUGACAGACAGCACUCAAAUCAAAAUGGACAUUUUGGCACAAGUUCUACAGAUUUUAUUGAAGUCGAAGUUAUUGGUCUUAGAAGACGAAAAUGCAAAUGUUGAUGAGGUGGAAUUGAAGCCAGAUACCUUAAUAAAAUUAUAUCUUGGUUAUAAAAAUAAGAAAUUAAGGGUUAACAUCAAUGUGCCAAUGAAAACUGAACAGAAGCAGGAACAAGAAACUACACACAAAAAUAUUGAAGAGGACCGAAAACUGCUGAUCCAGGCUGCGAUCGUGAGGAUCAUGAAGAUGCGGAAAGUCCUGAAGCACCAGCAGCUGCUUGGGGAGGUGCUCACGCAGCUGUCCUCCCGGUUCAAGCCUCGCGUCCCAGUCAUCAAGAAAUGCAUUGACAUUCUGAUCGAGAAAGAAUAUUUGGAGCGAGUUGAUGGUGAAAAGGACACCUACAGUUACUUGGCUUAA